AUGUCUACCGAUCCUACUACUGAUGAUAGUGCUUCCUCUAGUGAUACUACUAGUUCUUCUAUUCCAGCCAUCCCCACGAAUCCAAAUUCCCAGAAUCCCAAUUCACGAACUCCUCUCAAAGACCCUGCUGAUCCAUAUUAUCUGCAUCACAUAGAUAAUCCUGGAAAUAUUUUGGUUUCCCAGCCUUUCAUGGGACAAGAUAAUUAUGCUUCAUGGAGUAGGGCUAUGAAACUUUCUGUAUCAGUAAAGAACAAACUGGGUUUUCUUGAUGGUUCUAUUAUGAAACCUCCCCUUACUGAUUCCACCUUGUACAAUGUUGUUAGGAACGAGUUUCCUAAUAUGCAGUGGAAUGAUGGUGGGGCAGAAUUCCCAACAAACGCUUGGAUAAGAAAUAACAACAUUGUUAUUUCUCAGACCCUUAACUCGGUUUCUAAAGAGAUCUUUGCUAGUAUAUUAUACAAUGAAUCAGCUGCUAACAUUUGGAGUGACCUUCGGACAAGAUUUCAUCAAAAGAAUGGACCUCACAUCUUCAACCUGCACAAAGAACUCAUGAAUCUCAAACAAGAUGUUCAAUCUGUAAACAUGUGUUAUAGACCUGUCUGCACUUGUAAUCAUUGUACUUGUGGAGGAGUCAAGAAGUUACAGGAGCACUAUCAUAUGGAAUACGUCAUGUCCUUUCUCAUGGGAUUGAAAGAUUCUUAUUCUUAA